AUGGUUUGUGAAUUCUUUGACACAGAUUUCACUCCUUCACAAGGUAGUACUCCAAACUAUCAGAUCAACAACCAAGGGACACCACAGCUGAAUAAAGCCUCCUCUGUUGACACAUUUCCUGACACCAAAUCCAAACCUUCUCUGAUUGAUAGAAAAAAGAGACUUUAUGAACUUAUCCAGGAGGACGAGCAAGGUGAACAAGAGGGGAUGGAGCAAUAUGCUGGAAAUGGGAAGCUCAAAACCAAUGGAAAACCAGAAAAUUUUAAACUUGAUGCUGAUCAGCUUCCAAGAUCACUGAAUGGAACUCCCUAUCAAUCUGGAACUAACUCUGCUUGCAGUAGUCACUUGCCUCCUAAUAGAGAUCUGAAACACCACAAAGAGGAAACUGUAAAAUCUAAACAAAGUUACAUGCUAACCUUGAUACAGAGUACUAGAUUCAGCAACAGGAUGAAGAAGAAGAAGAAGAGCCCCGCAUGCUGA